GGGCUCGCUGCUGACGAAAUGGGGAGGGCGCGGGUGGGCCUCCGCGGAUGGGACUGCUCCAGAUGAAAGUUGGAGUGAGUGAAGUGCGGAGGGCGUUGUGAGAAGGUGCGAGGGAUAAGGCGGCGAGAAGAGCUGGAAGCCAGCGCGCGGAAAGUGGUGUCUGUUGGAGACAUGACUACCAAGAUCAUCAUCACGCCUGCUAGCCAUGGAACUAUCAAGACCAACACUGGAGGGAUGCCCAGAACGGUGCGGGUUGUAACAGUUGGAGGGCAACUGAACAGGAACCAGACCAAGGCAUCAGUGGUGACAUUGCCCGUGCCAGCCUCUGUUACCCGGGCGGUACAGGGAUCCAGAGGCGAAGCCCGCACAGUUGUCAAAAGGCUUUUCGAUGCUGACAGCGUCAAUCAGAGUCAGCUAACCAUGAUACCGAGUGCGCCAAGGAAACGGCAGAGACUUGACCACCUAACUUCUGAUCAGAAAAACCAAAGGCGGAAGUUGAAGAACAGAGUAGCAGCACAGACUGCUAGGGACAGGAAGAAAAUGCAAAUGGAUGUGUUGGAAAGCAGGGUGGCAAGUCUCGAACGCCAGAAUGAUGAACUUCUCCAGCAAAACAACUUUCUCAAAAAACAGAAUGAUCUGCUGAGCACCCAGAAUGCCCUGCUUCAAGAGCGUCUUCAAGAGCUGCCAGAGUCCAAGCCAAGCCAACUGGAGUCUGAGCCCAAGUUGAAUCAGCCUCAGCCAUCAGCAAUUGCCAUCACUGGCAGCAUGUCCUUUGAGUCUGCAGCACUCAUUAGUGGCCCUCAGCAGAAGGGACAGGACAUGCGGGUGCCGGCACUGCUGAUGCUGAGCCUGAUCAGCUGGGCCAGCUUCCAAGUGGCUCUGGCGACGGCAGGGAAUCAACAUGCUGACCUGCUUGAGCUCCUCACGGAAACACUGUUUGGAAAUGGAGAGACGCCUGAAGGAAGCCCGCAGCCCGCCGCCACUGACGUGGUGGGGGCCGCAGCAGAAGAGCUGGAGUCCGGCGAUGAUACGAUGAGUGAGGAGGAAGCGCCGGCGGCGCGGCUGGCGGCGCUGCUGGACGCGCCGGCCGGCCCCGAGGACGACCUGCUGGCUCAGCUGCUGCGCGGCGCUCAGCCAGACGAGCUGCUGGCCCUGCAGCAGGAGGCGGCCGUGCCCGAGUCGCCGCAGCCGUCGCCAGAAUCGCCCUCCCUACCGCCCUCGCCCGCUGACCACCGCGACCUUGACGACCUUGUCAAGGUCAAGACGGAGAUCGACGACUGGCCCAUGUUUGACGAGGAGCCCCUAGACAACCACUUUGAAGAUCAGUUUAUUUUGUUUCCGCAGCUCGUGCUGUAGACGUGUUAUUGCUAAAUGACUUAUCACGCAUCAUUUAAUGAUCACUGUUUUGUUUGUCAGACAAUGUUUUGAUAGUUUAUCACAUGAAAUGUCGAAUUAUUGGUGGGGCUGUGCAGGGGAUGCUGACCGGUGUCUUCAAAUAAAGCGCUCAGCGAGCGGGA